AUGGUUGUAACUGUGUACUUGUCUUAUAUAAAUUCUUCUCUUCAUCCAAUGAUGUUGAAUGUUCCGAUUGCGAAAAUGUUCAAUGAUCACACAGCUUAUUUCAAAGCGUAUGCGAAAACUCUAGCUAAGCAGUUUAGCGAAGGAAAUGAAAGCAAUGACACAGUAAAAAAACGAGCAUGCGAUGUUUCUCCGGCAUACAAAAAACUGAUUACUAAUGCGUUCUCUAUCGAAAGAGGUUUGUCAGAACUUCAGCAGGUGGUGUUAUGUCGAAGACGGGACUAUUUGUCAUUCAAUUCACCUGUUCUUGUGAUGUCUGAUGAUGAAAGGGAUGCAUUUGACAAAGACACUGAAAAAGUACUUUCACGUCUCGAAUACGCCAUUAAUCGUCUAUCAUCUGAAAUCGUUGGUGCGGUUGCUGUAGCGGAUGAAAAGAAACAUUUGUCGCUUGUAGUUGGAUCUCUCUGCAAACAUUUGAAGUGUACAGCAAAAACAGUGGCCGAAAUGAGGGAACUUCGCUUACGCAAUACGAAUAUUCAACAGAAUGUACAACAUCUUUAUUCUCUCGUCGAAGCAAAACAACAAAGGGAUCAGAAACGUGACAAGGUACUUUCAAAUCCAAAUACAAGCCGUUUUUCUCCGAAACAGUCUAUUACAACAAAGUGGAGCAAUAAUAAGGACGAGAGAAGUGAGCAAUCCAAUUCGUAUACGAAAAACACGGAGCCGAAAUCAACCAACAUACCGCAGAAUGAUUGGCAGAACGUUGUGACCGACUUGGAGACGAAAUCGGACGACGAGCUUUCUAACCUGACACCUCAUGACCGCACGCAGCUCACCGCUGAAAAUACGAGGAUUUUCGAGCGUUUUUCUCAUGUACACGCUCAUAUUGAAGGACUCGAAACGCAAAUCACUGAAAUUCAGCGGCUUCAUGGAGCAUUUGCUGAGAAGAUUAUGGAGCAAGAGAGGGAUAUCGAAAUCAUAAAUGAAGCUGCAUUGAGUACAUCCGAAAAUCUGAACGACGGAAAUGAGUGGAUACGUCGGGCCAUAAGUAACUCGGCUGGACGUCGUGUGGUAGUCCUAUUCUGCAUUACGGUGAUAACAUUUACGCUUUUGUUUUUGGAUUGGUACAAUCCGUAA